AUGGUGCCCAAGGCGACGUCAAGCGACUGGAGACCCUGUGGCGACUAUCGUGCGCUCAGCAACGUCGCCAUUCCCGACCGACACCCUGUGCCUCACCUUGGGGAUUUUGCUGGAGCCCUUUUCGGCAAAGCAGUUUUCUCGAAGACUGACUUGGUGCAUGGUUUUCCUCAAAUUCCGGUCGUCCCUGAGGAUAUCCCCAGAAUUCCCGUCAUUACACCUUUCGGCCUCCUUGAAUUAAUCUGCAUGUCCUUUGGGCUUCGUAAUGCCGCCCAAACGCUUCACAGGUUCAUUGACCGUGUCUUACAUGGCCUGCCGUUUGUGUACGCCUACGUCGAUGACCUCUUGGUGGCCAGCCAGAACGCAGAAGAACACAAGGAGCACCUUGCCUUGGUGUUGAAUCGUCUCGACAAGUAUGACAUCGUUAUCAACCCCUCAAAGUGUGUUUUUUGGCGUGCCUUCCCGUGAAUUCCUUGGCCAUCGUGUUGGCUCAGAAGGUUUGCGUCCCCUCUCCUCCAAGGUCGAAUCCAUUCAUGAUUUUCCUCCGCUAACCUCUAAGCGUCAGCUGCAACGUUUUCUCGGCUUCAUCAUCUGUUACCGCCGGUUCCUACUGAACUGUACCGACUUCAUGCUGUCACUCACCAACAUUUUUCUGGUCUGAAAGACCCCUUUGGGCUUAUUGGUGGCGCACUAUCUGUUAGCGGGAGGGUCAAGUCCUGACGCUACCUUGCUCACACAUCCUGUUCCUGAAGCCCCGCCGACCCUCAUGGUUGACGAUUGGACAGUUGCGGUAGAAGCAGUCCCCCAACAACACCUAACUGGCUGCACACGACUGUUGGCCUUCUUCUCCAAGAAACUGUUGGCUGAUGAGACGAGACACAGUACCUUUGGCCAUAAACUUCUUGUCGUUUACCUGGCUGUGAAACACUUUCGACAUUUUCUUGAAGGUCGUGACUUCACGAUUUUCACGGACCAUAAGCCCCUUACAUUUGCAAUGCGAGCACAUUCAGACAAAUACAACCCGAGAGAGAUGAUUCACUUGGCCUUUAUUUCCCAAGUCACCACCGACAUCCGCCACAUUGAUGGCACAAAGAAUGAGGUGGCUGACAUGCUAUCCAGGCCUUCCACCUCGACGUUUGAUCUCUCAUUGAAUUGACCUUUGUGCUAUGGCGAAUGGGCAACGGCGUGUUGGUUGUCAGGACGACGAGUCCGUUAGUGGUCUUCAGCGCGUUGACGUCGCUUUGACCACCGGUACUGGCACAAUCUUGUGUGACGUCUCGUCUCCUUUUCAUCGCCCUUUUGUGUCCACCUCGAUGCGUCGAGCUGUAUUUCAAACUCUCCAUGUACUCUCCUACCCUGGGAAGGUUCGUCUGGCCUGUCAUGAACAAGGGCGUCAAAGCUAGGUCGCGUUCGCGUCCUGAAUUGCCAGCGCAACGAGGUGCAACGUCACAACUCUCCGCCAGGCACAUUCCCCAGGCCCCCACUCACGGUUCAGCCAUGUGCACCUGGAUGUCGUAGGCCCCUUGCCUCCAUCCAACGGCUAUACUCAACUUAUUACUUGCGUGGAUCGGUACGACCGCGAGGCUGAAGCACUUCCAUUGCCGAAUGUGGAGGCUGAAACCAUCGUAAAGGCCUUCGUCAGUCGUUGGGUUGCCAUGUUCGGUGCUCCCGCCACGGUCACGACUGAUCGUGGUGCCCAGUUUGAGUCUGCACUCUUCUAA